AUGGAAUACAUCACCGCUGCUUCCGCCGCCGUCAGUGUGGUUGGCGGAAUUGCGAGUGCGCUGGGGACGGUCAAGAAACUCGCCUCGUCGAUGAAAGAAGCGGGUCUUGAGAUGGUUGCCAUGUGCGAGGAAGUACGCGCUCUGGAGGCUCUGCUCAAGCCCCUUCAAAAGAUGAGGGAGCUUCAGUCCGGGCUGGCGGAAAACCUGCCCUCGCUGCUUGAAAGCUGCCGAAGCAUUGCGGAGGACCUGGAGAAACUCAAGCGCGAGUAUCUGGCAAACUCGCUAGAGUGGGCAAGGCACGGCGAGGAAAGGACUGCCUCCGUUCAGAAUCGGCUGAGGAGCUGUAGAAACUGCUUGGAGACGACGCUUCAGGCGCUCGAGAUCGACAGUUGGCGGUCCAUGAAAGAAGCCGUUGGCGAGUUGAGGGCGCAGUCCAACCAACGCAAUACUCUAUGCUCGGCCUAUCCACAAGCAGAGCCCGCAGGCACGCCGCAUGGGACGCACACCGGAACUCAAUGGCUUGGUACUCGCGCUCAGACUCUCCGGAGCACCAGUACUGGGGGAGCCGACGAGGAAACCACGAGCCCUGCGGCCCAUGUUGCUGGUCCCAGGCGUGCGCGAGACGGCCCGGUUGCUGGCGCACAACUCAUGAAUUCCAGCAGCUUGUGUGUCUUGUAUGCCUCCAGCGGCGCCGACUCGCUUGACUCUGCGGGACUGAUCCUGCGGGAGUGUCACAAGACAAUGCAAGUGUUGGUCGAGCUGCGAUGUAACCACGACCACCUCGUGGAGGAUGACCACGGCGUCAAGUCGGCCGUGGAUGGCGCCAUCCUGGCAUUUCAAGAGGCACUCCGAGGAGCGAAGGAAGUCGUAGAGCUCUGCGCUUCGGACUCGACAGGUGGGAGACGAAGCGUCCGCAAAAUGACUCGGUGGGUGAUCCAGGGCAAGCAUACCUUCAAAAGGCACUUGCCACAGCUUCUCGACAAGAAUGACAAAGCACUGCAUGAGAUCAGCGUCUUGAGGACGAUGGCUGAGAGCGCCCAAAGGCCAGGUGGGGGGGCAGCUGACAUUCACCAGCAGAGGGAGACGGCGGACAAGAGAGAGGCGGAAGGCUUUGAGCGCUUGAGGACGGCGAUGGGCGGCUAG